UUUCCAAAUAAGGCCUGCGCGCUCCCGCGGCAGGGGGAACAAAAUCUCACGGGGGGGCCAAAUCAAGCUCACAAAUCAAGAGCUCAACAUGUGAGCCAACAUACGCAAGCGCCCUGGAUCGCUCUUGCCGCCCCCACAUCCUCUGCUCAAGUCAAGUUUUUUUCCAGCAUCAACAUGCCAUUUUUAGGGUGCGUAUUAUACAUGGGAGCGCACUAUACACAGAAAAAAACGGUAUGUUGUUAGACUUCAGUACUUUCCGAUUUUGUAGGGAGGCCAUGAAGGCAGCAGAGCGGAUACACCAAAUUAUAUAUGCCGUUAUCGAUGACAGAUCCGCGGGAUUGGUGUAAUCUUGAGGCGUGCCUUGCGGAGAUCAAGCAAUGGAUGUCUCUCAACUUCCUUCGUCUUAACCCAGAUAAAACUGAGAUGUUGAUAAUUGGUCCAACUCGUUAUCAACACUUAUUCAAGGAAACCGCUAUAACUAUAGAUAACCGUACUAUCACUCAGAGCGAUACUGUAACUGAUCUCGGGGUAAUGUUUGACCAAAAUCUCUCCUUUCAAAAGCACAUUAAGAAUAUAACCAGAAUUGCGUUCUUUCACCUUCGUAAUAUUGCAAAGAUUUGUCCGAUCCUCUCGACCGGAACUAUUAUACAUGCGUUCGUCACGUCGCGCCUGGACUACUGUAAUGUACUAUUUUCGGGUCUUCCUGAGUCCCGCAUCAAAAGUCUACAGUUAGUACAAAAUGCUGCUGCAAGGCUGCUCUCUCGGUCAAGAACAUUUUAUCACAUUACCCCAAUACUAGCCAACUUACAUUGGCUCCCGGUCCAUUUAAGAUGUGACUUAAAGGUUCUUCUAUUAACCUAUAAAUCACUGCAUGGCUUAGCGCCUUCAUAUCUCGUCGACCUAGUUGUUCCUUAUGUUCCAUCUCGUAACCUUCGUUCGCAAAACGCUACGCUUUUAGCGACACCGAGGGCCAAGAAAAUGUCUGCAGGCUCUAGAGCAUUUUCUAUUCGGCCUCCAGAGUUUUGGAAUGCCCUACCAAUGGAUAUUAGGACUGCUACCUCAGUAGAAACAUUUAAGACACGUUUAAAGACACAUUUCUAUGACAUGCCCUUUAACUAACCUGUAGUGGCCGAUUCGGCUGGAGUUUGUUUUCUCUCCCUCUCCACCCCCGACCUCCCCCCUCCCUGGCCGGGGAGGUGGUUAGGUGGCACCCAUGCUGACAGCGGCUAUCUGGAUUCUCGUGGGCCAAUUCAGGAUGGGGGAACUGCAGCUCAACCUCCUCGAAGACACUGCCAGGACAAUUGAGGGCUUCUUCGGCAGCCUUUCGCUCUGACAUGAACAUCCACUUUUUAUUUCAUUGAUUUUCAUAUUGUAUCAUUUGUGCCCUCUCUGCAUCCAUUUCAACCUGGUGAUCCUGAAAGGGGGAUCCUUCCAUCUGUGGUCCCUUCUCAAGGUUUCUCAUUUUCCCCCGGUAGGGUUAUUUUGAGUUUUUCCUUGCCCUUUUGGGAGCUUAAGAUCAGGGGAUGCUUUGAGAAUAAUUGUCAAUUUUUGUCUAUGUGAAGCCCUUUGAGACUGCUUGUGAUUUAGGGCUAUACAAAUAAACUUGACUUGACACAUAUAAGUCACUCCUGAGUAUAGGUCGCCCCCCUACCCAAAGUAUGAAAAAAGAACGCGGCUUAUAGUCCAAAAAAUACGGUAUAUAAAUGUAUUAUUUAUUUAUAUAAACGCCGGUCCACGGAAACAUUUCUGACACAUAACCGGUCCGUGGCGCAAAAAAGGUUGGGGACCACUGAUUUAGUAGAAGGUGGCUACAGAUAAAAGUUUGAGUUUAUUUUGAAAAACGUACAGGUCACUUACUUAAGUUCAGACGCACGCAAAACCAAUGCAGCUAUAUAAUAACUCUGCUGCAAACAUAGGUUAACGCACUUGGGUUGAAAACCCAAGUAGAGAUACUAUCCACGAUACUAACGAGGAACAUGCCCUGUGUUGGGGCACGAUGGACUGCUUGGCGGGAGAAAGAAAAGGGAGGGGGCAGAAAGGGGAACGCUCACGGAACACAUGCGCGUAUAACUAUUAUGUGGAUUUUAACCAGGGCUGUGGACUCGGACCCGGACUCGGGGACUCGGACUCGGUCGGACUCUGUCAUUUUUGCUGGACUCGGACUCUGUGCUGAUUUUGACAGAGUCCACCAAGUCCGACAAUAAAGAAAAUACGUUCAAUUUUACUUUCAUCAUGCUGCUGAGAAUGCGCGUAGGAAUACUGUCCACAGCUCUGCUACGGUUACAGAGGCGUUGCUACACUAAUAGGAGGGUAGAUUGUGUCUGUAGCAACGCUGAUUAGCUAAAGAAUGCAGUGUGGUGUAAAUUAGCACUCAACCACCUGUUCGUCUCCCAUUGUUGGCUGACUCACCCGCGAGUGAGAUCAGAUAAGAGAUUCAAGAGUUUUUAUUCGCCAUGUUUGAGCGUGCCAAACAAGGAAUUUGACUUCGGUAAAAACACACCCUCUGUUCAACAUUUAGGUGACUAACAACACUCAGGACAUGUGAAUAAUGGCAAAAACAGUGUAGACAAAUUCAAAAAGAUAACUUGAAUUGCCGCUUUCCUGUGGAACAAUGCAACUAAACCUUUGCUAGACUUUAUCUACUUAGUAAAUUAACACACAAUAACAAUAAAUAACUUGUCCUAAACACUUAAACAAACAUUGAGUAAAUAUGGGAUAACUUGUACGCAACUACUUCAAACUGUAUAUAACGCUUGACAAAGAAAAACAGUUCUGUUUAACUAAAGAAUGCAGUGUGGUGUAAAUUAGCCCUCAACCAGCUGUUCGUCUCCCAUUGUUGGCUGACUCGUCCGCGAGUGAGAUCAGAUAACUUGAAUUGCCGCUUUCCUGUGGAACAAUGCAACUAAACCUUUGCUAGACUAGAACAAAAACCCCAAAACGACGGCGACGCCUGGUCCAUCGCAGAUGGCUCAGACAUCGAUGAUGAAGUUUGUGACAGCGAAAGUGACGCGGAAGACGAUCCAAUACAUGGUGGACCGUGAGGAGUUUCAAAAGUCGGUCAUUUCUCUGAUUGUUCAUGAUGGCCUCUCGCUCGUCACAUUCCAGCAGUCGGCUAUGCGGACACUGCUAGGGCCUGCUGCUAAUCAGCUCUCUGUCAGCCUAGACAGAGAUCAGAUCCGCCACAUGGUGGUGGCUGAGGCCGACAGGUUGAAGGAGGAAAUCAAGUCGGAGCUGAGCCAGGAAUGCGUAUUCAUCAAGGCAGACGCCGCCACCAGGCUCAUGCGGAACUACAUGGGCAUCAACGUCCAGUACUUCCGCGACGGGGAGAUUAAAAUCAAGACUCUUCCCAUCAAGGACACCGACGGGGGGCAUGACACUGAGGCGGUCAAGAAUGUCAUCAACGCCGUCAUCAAGGAUUUUGACCUGCAUGUCCUCUCCAUCGUCGUCGAUAACGCAGCGACCAUGAGCAAAGCCAUGCGGCUCAUCAAUGAGGACGACGAAGAUGCUGAUGAUGAAAACGAAAUGGAUGAGGACGAGGUGGGCGUCAAUCUGGACGACGAGGUCCAGCUUGAGAAGUUCGCUGGGAUUCAGGAUGCCGAUUUUCGAAUGAUUCAUCACAUGCGCUGUGCUAUUCACACGCUGCAACUGGCAAUUCGUGACGGAUUGAAGGCGGAGUAUGUCAUGAAACUACUGGAUAAAGUCCGACGGGUGGUGAAGAGACUGCGGACCCCCAAUCUGCUUGCUGUCCUCCGUCGUCGAGGAGGUCUUCUCCCUGUCGUCGAUGUGCCCACCCGUUGGGGAAGCACCUACCUCAUGACAAAACGGCUCCUUCAUCUACGAGAGCAUGUCCAGGACUUGGCGGCUGCUUCUCCGGAACUUCUCCUUAACGAGUCAGAAUGGAAGAAGCUUGAGACCUUGGCCACAAUCCUCAAGAUGCCAUACGAUGUCACGGUCAAGCUCCAGUCGGCCUCAAUCACCCCCGGCAGCUUUCUCAAGGAGUGGUCGGCCUUGAAGGCAGCGUCGCGCAAGCAGCCCCCUCUGGCUUCACCAAUCGCCAAUUCAAUGGAACAACGAGAGGACAAGCUCUUCGACAAUGAUUUUUUUUCUGGCAGCCAUCUUCGUCGAUGCGCGUUACCGCAUUCUCCUCAGCGAAGAGCAGAUGGAGCGCGCCCCUCCGUGCCGUUGUGAGGCGAAUCCGGUCUCGUACCCACCAGCACCUGGAAGUACCGUCGAUGGAGGCCGAGGUUGAUUGCUCCACACCGACGGAGGAGGAUGAGUUUGAAAAAGAACUUGACAACAUUGAGCGCCUCCAGCGUUUGUCGGCCGCCACCUCGCCAACCGACAUAGAUGAAGAAAUUGGGGCAAUGUUGGCACUUGGUCGAAUGAAAGCAAUGCCAAUCAGCCAAGUCAGCGUAGAGCGCCUGUUUUCCGGACUCAGGUUCAUUAUGUCUGAUCAGCGCGGUGCGAUGAAGGCUGACUUGGUUGAGGCGAUUUUGUUCCUAAGAACAAACUCAAGUCGUUGAAUUGAAACUUGAAAGUAUCUGUUUAUUGUAUUUUGUUUAUUUGUUUAAUAAACCAAAAAGCCAUCACAAAACUGUUGUCAUUAUUUAGAUUUUGAUCUAAAUUAGCCUUGAAUAAAGACUAAGCAGUCACAUGAAUUAACAGAAAAAAUGGACAGCCGGACUCGGACUCAUGGUCAAGAGGCCGGACUCAGACUGGGACUCGGUACAAAAAUCCGACCGAGUCCACAGCCCUGAUUUUAACCAUCUGUAAAGGUAUCUAUAACAGUACUGAAAUUGGGCAAUCUGCUGGUCCGGUUCAUAUAUGCCUGCCUUCAAGUUUAGAGGGCACUACCUUUAGGGGGAGCAUUAAAGGUUAGGGUUAAAGGUGAGGGGGUUGCUGUUCGCGAGUUAGCAGGUUAGGGGUUAAUUAUUAGGGUUUGGUUAUUGUUAGGGUUUUAGAGUUAGCGUUAGGGCUUGAAGUUAAGGAAUUAGGAGCCUCAGGCCAACCAGAUUCCAUUUAUUCCAUUAAUCACUGACAUUCAGUCGUCAGGUCUGUGUCACAUGGGCUACCAAUCGGAAUGUAACGGGGUCAGCUGGUCUACUAUGGGGCUCAUUGGUACAGGGGAAUGAUUCUUGCAUGAUUCUUGCUUAGGGUGCAUGAUUGCCCGGGUUUAGCUCCCGGACGAGCUCUUCUUGCAAACACUGGUGUCUGGCAUUAUGUGGAGCGUUUGACAGGCCAACGUUACAUGGUCUGCCAGUUCUUGCUGUGGCUCGUUGGUCUAGGGGUAAGAUUCUCCAUUUGGAUGUGGGAGAUCCUCGGUUCAACUCCCAGACGAGACUUUCUUCAAAACAUUGCUGUUGAUCAACUAGCCCAAUUUAAUCUUGGGCGCUAGCCCGAAUCCAUACACGGUGGAUGGCGGCAGUGAUAUUUUAGAAGUGAAAUGAAGUUUAUUGGAUUUGCAGACAGUGUGCAAUCAUUAUUUCAACAAACUCAAGGGUUCAUGGAAACGAGGGUAGGUGCAUAAGCACUAAGAACUGUCGCCGUCUGGUUGUUGGCCAGCACCAGACGGAGGGUCAUCAGGCGCUCACUGAUUCCCACAGGGAGUUCAGAGAGCUGACUGAUCAGUUGGUUCUUGAUGGCAAAACCAACCCCAUGGAUCCUAGGCUCAUCUGUGGCCUUUCCUUUCCAGAAGAAAGUGUAUCCACCCUUUUCCUCCUUCAGAUGACCUUCCUCUGCCCGUCGGGUUUCUGAAAGAGCAGCUAUGUCAAUCCGGCAUCUUCUCAGUUCCCUGGCAAUGAUGGCGGUUCUCCUCUCCGGCCUAUCACUUGUUACACUGUCCAUUAGCGUGCGCACAUUCCAUGCUCCAAAAUUCAUGUUUCUGUGUUUUCGAUCGCAUAUUGGUGAUCCCUCUGAAGGCGGUAAUCCAGUCGUGAGGUUUGAGGCAGGCUAUGUUUAGGGCACCUUUUCUAGCCCCUUCCCCCUCAGGGGUGAGCAGAGUGGAUCCUAAAAAGGGCUGCUCAGUCGUGUAUGCAGCUACCAAAGAGCUCUUUCUACCUCGGUCCGAGAGCCCAACGAUCAUCUAACAUCCACCGCCUGAUGAGCCAGCUUGUGACUAGGGGCUUCCAGACUUCACAAUCCUGACCCCGUUGCCACUUACUGGUCGCCACAGGACUUUAAUCCGGGAUGUAAGGUGGAUUCCCUGAAAAAGACGCCUGUGCAUGACUUUGUUUAAAGUGGGGAGACUGGUGCACAGACAGUCACCACACUGUCCUUGACAGAUCGGGGUCAGAGUCCAGGGGCAAGGAGACCAAGACGACUGGUGACCCUUUUCUGCUGCAGCCUUCCCAGCCGUUGUGACGCCACCCCUUAGGUCAGCCAUCAUCCUCCGCCUGGUCCACCGUUGAGGUCUUCACUAUUUACCCAUAGCUGGAGCUGUUUACCCACAGUGGUUGAUGGGCAGUAGGGCAUGUCCACACACCGGUGGGCCUACAUGCCACAUCUCUUUUUCCACUUUUCAUGACAUUUACUUUGAUACAGCGAAUCAGGUCGCAAUGUCAAAUUUGUGCUACCACAUAAAAAGCUGUCAAUAACUUUUCAUGAUAGCCAUGUUCCCAUGAAACGCCAUCUUGGUUUUCAGGGGCGAUUGUAUCUAAAGAUAGAUAGAUCUUUAUUUUUCAUUGUCACAUGUACAACGAAAUUUAAAAAGUGCCAACCGAUCCGCGCAUGAGAUAAAAAAAAAAUAAUACAAGCUAAAACCCACAGAAGAACAAACACAGACAUAAUCAUUUACGUUUAGGUGCAUUCAAUGCGACUACCGCUGUAGGGUAAAAACUAUUGGCAAAUCUGCUAGUCCUUGACCUAAGUGCUCUGUAGCGUCUGCCUGAUGGCAACAGUUUGAAAAGGGAGUGGCCAGGGUGGGAAGUGUCCUUCAGAAUGUUCUGUGUUUUUUUGAGACAGCGGGUUCUGUGUCGGUCUUCCAGUGUGGGGAGAGGGCAGCCAAUGAUCUCCUGUGCUGUGUUGAUGACCCCUUGGAGUUUUUUCCUCUGAGCAGCAGUGCAGCUGGAGUACCAAACACAUAUACAGUACGUUAAAGUGCUUUCUAUGGAGCAGCGAUAGAAGGACACCAGCACUCUUUGUGUAAUGCUGUGCCUCCUCAGCACCCUUAAGAAGUAGAGUCUCUGCUGGGCCUUUUUAAGCAGCUAAGAGGUGUUCACGCCCCAGGUGAAGUCCUCCUCGAUGUGGACACCCAGGUAGCGGAAGGAAGACACCCUCUCCACCCCGUUGAUGAUAAGUGGUGGAAUGUCCGUUUUAUUUUUCCUCCAAAAAUCAAUGACCAGUUCUUGGGUUUUAGCCGUGUUUAGGAGCAGAUUGUUCUCUCCGCACCACUCCGAUAGCCGGACCACUUCGUCCCUGUAGGCAGAGUCAUCCCCUUUGAGAUGAGCCCCAUCACGGUUGUGUCAUCCGCAAAUUUCACGAUGGUGUUGCGGGGGUGCAUGCACGUGUGUAGAGCGUGUAAAGCAGUGGGCUCAGUACGCAGCCCUGUGGGGAGCCGGUACCAAGACUGAGAGGUGUGGAUGUAUGACGGCCCACUCUCACCCUCUGGCUGCGACCUGUCAGGAAGCUCUUAAUCCACCUGCAAGUAUUAUGUGGAAGUCCCAGGCCCUCCAGUAUGUCCACCAGUCUGUGGGGGGGGAUGGUGUUAAAAGCAGAGCUAAAGUCCACGAAGAGCAUCCGCACAUAGCUCCCCGGCUGCUGCAGGUGGGACAGUGCAGCGUGGAGGGCUGUAGCUACUGCGUCCUCUGUGGAUCUAUUUGCCCUGUAGGCAAACUGGUGGGGGUCAAAACCUCUGAACAGGAGUGCUGUGAUGGGACCCCGUACCAGCUUUUCAAAGCACUUCAUGACCACCGGGGUGAGUGCGACUGGCCGGUAGUCAUUAAGGCUGGUGAUGUGGCGUUUCUUGGGCAGGGGGACUAUAGUGGAGGAUUUUAAACAGGAUGGGACGGUGGACUCGGUAAGGGACUGGUUGGAAAUCUUUGUGAAGACUCCAACCAGCUGAUCUGCGCAGUCCUUCAGAACACGCCCAGUGACGCCGUCAGGACCUGCAGCCUUCCUCGAGUUGAUGGUCCGCAGCGUGCGCCUCACCUCGUGCUCCUUUACUGUGAAGGGGAAGCUGCUGCGGUCUGUGGGAUGUGAUGUGGCCGCUUCAGGUGGCUCGGACUCGAACCGGGCAAAGAAGGUAUUGAGGACCUCUGCCAGUGAGGCGUCCCCUUCAGCAGCUCCGAUGGUGGUUCUGUAGUUGGUGAGAUGCUGGACUCCCUGCCACACCUGCUUGCUGGUGUUGCUGUCCAGGUGAUCCUCAACCCUCUUUUUGUAGGCAAGCUGGGCCUCUCUGAUGCCUCUCCUCAGGUUGGCUCUGGCUGUGCUGUAGAGAGCCCCGUCUUCAGACCUGAGGGACAGCGCGAUGUCCCUCUCCUCCAGCAGCCGAAGGACCUCCCGGGUCAUCCAGGGCUUCUGGUUGGGGUAUAUCCGUAUAGGUUUGUCCACUGUGACAGUGUCUGUGCAGUGCUUGAUAUAACACAGAACACUGUCUGUGAACACGUUCAAGUCCCGGUGUUCGAAGAUGUCCCAGUUAGUCCUGUCGAAGCAGUCCUGCAACUGCUGAGAGGCGUCAUCAGGCCGAGUUUUAACAGUUUUAGUGAUGACGGGAGCUGAUCUCAUGAUGGUGGUAUAUGCCGGGAUUAAUAGCAGUGACAUACGGUCAGACUGGCCCAGGUGAGGUAGCUCUUUUGCCCUGUAGCCUAGCUUAAUGUUGGAGUAGACCUUGUCCAGAGUGUUAACUCCUCUAGUGGCACAUUUAACAUGCUGGUGGAGACUAGGGAGUGCUGCUUUCAAAUCUGCAUGAUUAAAGUCCCCUGCCAUGAUGUGGACUGCGUCAGGAUAACUGCUCAGCUGGCUGCUAAUACUGCCAUGUAAUAGUCCAAUAGCUAUCUUAGCAUUAGCAUCCGGAGGUAUGUAAACAACAGUCGUCAUGACUACGGUAAAUUCAUGAGGGAAGUAAAAGGGCCUGCAUUUAAUAGUCACAUACUCCAGGUCCGGGCAGCAGUGACUGUCUACAGUCACCAUAUUAGUACACCAGUUGUUAUUGACGUACAUACAGAGCCCCCCCUCCCCCUUGCUCUUGCCGGAGUUCUCAGUCCUGUCAUGACGCUGUGUGGUGUAGCCUGCUAGCUCGAUAGCAGAGUCCGGUAUGAGUGGAUGAAGCCAGGUUUCGGUGAUCAGUACCAUGCAGCAGUCCUUCACGGUCUGGUUCGCAGACAUCUGUAGCCUUAGUUCAUCCAUCUUGUUAGCAAGAGACCUGGCGUUGGUAAGAAACAGGCUAGGGAGCGGUGGUUUGAACGGCCGCUUCCGUAGCCUGGUUAGCCCUGCAGCCUCGUUUCUGCCUCCUCUCUCUGCGCUGCCUUCGCUUCCUCCCAGCGGGGAUGGUGAUCCAAGGGGAGCCGGGGCGCCUGAUGAUAUCCUCCGGUAUGUUUUGCGAGCGGUGAAACUCCGCUGCGACACUCAACCCGCAACAAACACCUAUCUUGAGGAGCUUCUUGGGAGACCGCCUGGGAAUACCAGGUGCUGUAAGCUUUUUUUUUUUCCACUUCAAUUGUUAAAGAAGAUUUUGACAACACCCAUUACGUAUGGCAUUCGGAAACUGCAAGCCGAGUUUAAACUCCGACAUUGAAACUAUAACCCGAGUUUCAAACCUAUAUUGUGUGGCGUCAUCCAUUGCAUUGUAGUUCACGUCUUUUACCGCUAGAAAACAGACUAUGUACAGUGAAUAAAGAGGCUGGCUCCCUGUGAACUCAAAGCAGACUGAUUGAAUGACUAUAGACCUAUCGCACUGACAUCUGUGGUCAUGAAAUCUUUCGAGAGGUUAGUGUUGAACCACCUGAAGGAUGUCACGGGCCCCCUGCUUGACCCCCUCCAGUUUGCCUACCGGGCAAACAGGUCAGUGGAUGAUGCGGUCAACAUGGGACUGCAGUACAUCCUGCACCACCUGCACACCCCAGAAACGUACGCCAGGAUCCUGUUCGUGGACUUCAGCUCGGCGUUCAACACCAUCGCUCCUGACAUACUCCAACAGAAGCUCAUCCAGCUUGCGGUGCCUGCCUCCACCUGUCAGUGGAUCACGAGCUUCCUGACCAACAGGAGACAGCGUGUGAGGGUGACUCUCCUGUGAAGCUCCUGAAGUAUGCAGACGACACCACUCUCAUCGGUCUGAUCCAGGAUGGUGAUGAGACUGCGUACAGACAGGAGGUGGAGCGGCUGGUCCACUGGUGCCGCCAAAACCACCUGGAGCUGAACCCGCUCAAGACCGUGGAGAUGACAGUGGACUUCAGGCGAGACCCUUCACCACUUUUACCCCUCACUAUCCGCAGUAAUACUAUUCUCUCCACAGACACCUUCAAAUUCCUGGGAACCACAAUCUCUCGGGACGUGAAAUGGACCGGCCACAUAGACUCUGUCCGGAAGAAGGCCCAGCAGAGGCUGUACUUCCUGAGACAGCUCAAGAAGUUCAACCUGCCGCGAGAGCUUCUGAAGACCUUCUACACUGCCAUCAUCCAGUCUGUCCUCUGCACCUCCAUCACUGUCUGGUUUGGAUCGGCCUCCAAACAAGACAAGCACAGACUGCAACGGACAAUCAGGACUGCAGAAAAGAUCAUUGGAAUCAACCUCCCAUCUAUCCAAGACUUGUACCUGUCCAGGACCAGGAAACGUGCAAGGAAUAUCUCUACAGACCCUUCUCACCCAGGUUGCAGUCUGUUUGAACUACUCCCCUCCGAACGGCGUUAUAGAGCUCGGUACGCCAAAACCAGCAGACACAGAGACAGCUUCUUCCCCCAGGCUGUUGCUCUGAUGAACUCACACCACUCUUAAAGUCGCAGAGUCAUUACUGUGCAAUAACAUUCUGCUCUCCACACCUUUUUUUAAUUUGUCUACACUGUUUGUACUAUGUGUCCUCUCUGCAUCCAUUGCAGCCUGGUCAUCCUGGAAGAGGGACCUUCCCAUCUGUGGUCUCUUCUCAAGGUUUCUCAUUUCCCAUAGAGUUUUGAGUUUUUCUUUGCCCUUUGGGAGUUUAAGAUCAGGGGAUGUUUGAGAAUAUGUGCCAUUUUUCACAUGUCCUGAGUGUUGUUAGUCACCUAAAUGUUGAACAGAGGGUGUGAUUUGCCGAAGUCAAAUUCCUUGUUUGGCACGCUCAAACAUGGCGAAUAAAAACUCUUGAAUCUUGAAUAUAGAAAUCAUGCAUUCUAUUGAUACAAUCACCCCUGAAAACCAAGACUUGGCGUUUCAUGGAAACAUGGCUAUCAUGAAAAGUUAUUGACAGCUUUUUAUGUGGUAGCACAAAUUUCCCAUUGCGACCUGCAUUUUGCUGUAUCAAAGUAAAUGUCAUGAAAAGUGGAAAAACCCUACAUGGAAGCGCAAUGUGUUGUUUUGGUUUCUUUUACAAAUAAAGACUGCUGCUUUGAGUUCA